AUGGCCCCAAAGAACUCACCACCCUCAAAGGGAAAAGAAGCAGUCAAGGACCUGAAGGCCUCGGCAAGUCCCAUCGCUGUGGCUCAGGCACAGGUAGCGCACACGUUCGGCAAGCUAACGGAUGUAAUACAAGAGUUACAAGAUGCGGUCGAGAAGGAGCGCGUGGCCGUGGACACGGAUAAGCUCAACAAACCAGGCCAUGGCGCCCACAACUUUGGGCAGCCCAUCCUCCCUUUGGGCGACCUGAAAGACAGAAUCGACGACACGAUGACCAACACGCUGUAUGCCUUCAUCGACAAGUUCAACCAGUUUCCGAAGACCGCCGGCAUCCCCCAGCUGCUGCUGCCGCGGUUGUUUCUGGAAUGCUUCAACGACGUCCAGGAACAUUACCGCCAGUUCAUCGAGCCCAUCUUGUUUCCCAACGGUUCGAAGACAGAUCCCGCCCUACUUCGCGACCACCUGUCGAACAACUACCAGGAACUCUUUCUCCUGACGCCGAGCGAGAAACGCGACCGCACCGUCCAGCAUAUUCUCGGCAACAUUGGUGGGCACCUUCGUACUCAACGCACUUUCGCAGACAAUGGGCUUAAUUGGGUCAUCAAUGAGACCGGUCUAGAUGCGUUAGUGCACAAAUACCGGGAGAUAAUGGUCCACGUGCGCCUUCAACCAACUCCGGCAACCUUCAGCACUGACUGCGGGAUGUUCCUGGAAGUAGUGAAGAAAAAACCGUGGAGUUUGACCGUACAACAACCCACCGCCGCCGGGGUGCAGCCUUUCGACCCCAAACGUCAUUCGUCAUCUGUAGACGCCAUGGGCACUUCGGAAGGAGACUUGUGCGUUGUGGUGUUUCCCGCCAUGGAAGUGGACGGGGUGAGGUGCAACAUCAGCUAUACGUUGUCCUUGGACCGGCAUCAGGCAGAGCUCGUCGCCACACCAGGUCAAAACCCGACCCGGCAACCUCCCAAUCAGGUCGACGUGCACAUCAUGCCCGUGCGGGACCAACUCGAUGUUUGGAACUCCACCCCGGAAUCCCUGAAAACGGUGGAGCAGCUGCGCAAGACGGUGGCCGUCAUUGGCAAGAUGCUCGCAGCUCUUGAACACCUGCCCGGUUACGACGCCAGGAAUGCCUUCAGUGACCUGGGACAAGACAUGGAUCAAGCGCGAUAUUCCAGGUGGGGCGCUCGCGUACGCUGGUUCAACGUCAAUCGGGUCCACGGCGCGGACCGCCUUGUCGACUGGGAGAAACAGUUGUCUGCCACCCCUUGAAAGAAAUGCUUGGUCGAGGAGUGCAACCUCAUCCUCAGUUGAUCUCACC